AUGCGUUUCCCCACUGCAAUCAUUUUAGUCAUCGCCGGCACAACCAUCGCGUCACCUUUGCCGGUUAAUCAAGAUGGAAAAAACUUAGUUAGCAGAGUGCCGCAGCGCGAUGCGCAGCAAGGCUACAAGGGUUACUACGACAAGCGUGAGGAGGAGCUUGUUGCACGAGCUCCUCAGCGCGAUGCGCAGCAAGGCUACAAGGGUUACUACGACAAGCGUGAGGAAUAG